AUGGCAGAGUGGGCAAAGCAAACAUACAACACCCAGUACGAGAAGUGGGUUCCAUGGCUCGAGGACGUCUACCUGAGAUGGUUCACCAAGGACAACAAGGCCAGCUACGCGACUAAGGAUACCCUCGACAAGAGCAAGGUCACCGGCGUCGAGCAGGUCGACACUCUCCAAGACGGCGUGCACAACCUCGCUGCCGGCCAGGUCGGCCAGGGCGGUCUCCUCCAGCCCGUUGGCGAUAUGGUCUCCAAGGAGGGCGUCAACCGCGCCGAGCGCCAAGGCAAGGAUGACGAGGGCGGCUACGUGCCCACCGCUGUUCCCGGCUCUGGUGCGCUGAACCAGGCGGGCAGCGGUGUGGCUGAGGGCAGCAAGACCGUUGCCGGCAAGACCACUGAGGGCGUCAAGGGCGCUGGCGGCUUCGUCGGUGGCCUGUUUGGCGGCGGUGCUGGCAAGACCAAGCAAGAGCAGAAGAUAUCCUGCGUUCGAUCUGAUAUCAAAGCCAGGAUAUUUCCAAGUGCAGCCGUUCCCAAGCUACAUGUAUUCACUGGCAGCGAUUCCUCAGAGACCCUUGUGGCGCACGACGAGAUAUAUCACGCUUCCGUCGAAGACCUGUUAGGCGACAUAUCUCACCAUCACAAUCACGACUUACGCAGGCAAUCCCUUAUUGACCGAUCAAGUCUAGGUUUGCUAGACAGGCUUCCAAAAGAGAUUCGAGAGAUUGUAUAUCGAGAACUAUGGCGUAUGUCUGGCCUUGGUCAGCACAUCAUCUUGACUGAAGCCGGCUUUGGGCAUUCCAGAUGCUUAUUUGAAAGACUCGAGUCAGGUACCAUUGUCGAAGGAGAUAACGCUUGGGAGUUCAACUGGAUGGGCUCUGAUUCUGAUACCAGAGGAUCAGUAUCGCUCUGGUACAAGCGAGAGAUGUCAGCGUGGUGUGAUCACUGGAAAUGUGAAGAGGCGAGAGAUGAAAAAGAGAUAUGGCGAUAUAUUGCGCGGUGCCGAACAGGUCACAGAGACUCGGUCGGAGCUUCUUCACCGUAUCUACCGAUGAUGCUGACUUGUAAGACGUUAUACGCCGAAUGUUCCUCGUCAAUCUACAGGUCUACCGUAUUCACCAUCACCGAUAUCAACCAGGCACGGAACCUCUUCGGCGUCCGAUGGAAGACGUCCAACAGUCAUCCGCUCCGGCGCAUCAACUUCUCUUUCAGGCGCCAGGCAGACCAAGGGAGCACGUUCGAGCAGUGGGUAGAAUCAUGGAGCGCGAUCUUAAGACUUCUCGACACUCCUCAGCUGAUGACGGUCAAUCUCUGGCUGGACAGUGACAUCUACUACGAACGAUACUGGUUAUCCGUGACCGGCAACGUCCUCCGGCGGGUCCCGGAAGCACUGGCCCACAAAGUCGCCGUCAGCCUCCCGCCAGACGGACACGGCGACCGCAUUGCGGGGGCCGCGUGGCUGACGGGCCUCGACGACACUGGCGUGCGCUCGCUGAGGCGCGAGGGAGGCAAAGUUAUUCAUCCUGAUGUGAGACGGGCGCGGGUUUGA